CACGGUCUCCCCUCCUCACUUCACUAUUUCAACUCGCAUUUUCACCUCAAUUUCAUCUGGGUUCCAUUUCUUCAUCCCAAAUCUCCACAAACAAGAACCCUAAUCAUCACAAACCCAUCAUCAUCAUUCAUUCCUGUCAAUCCCUUGACUUUUUUAUACAUAUAUCAUCGCUAUCAUGUAUAUUUUCCUGUAAAUUUCUUUGGCCUUUUCGAUCAAUUUGUAGAGUUUGUAGCUUCGAGAUCGUUGAACGUGUGAACGGAUAAAUUAAAAAAUUUGAAGGUUAGGGUUUAUAUAAUAUAUCAUCGAUUAAUGGAAACAGUGGGUGUUGGUGUUUCCACCACGAAUUCUGAUACUUAUGCUAGUAAUUCAAACUCAGUUUCAUCAAAUCCUUCAUCUCCGACGACGAGGGGUAGCAGUUCUUCCAGAAGGGUGGCGUCGUCUUCCUCUUUUCCUAUAGUUCGCUUCUUACAAGCUCCCGUAACUACUAUAUUCGAAUACUCGGGUUUUCUACGGCCUAGGUCAAACAGCGAUUAUCAUGAAUCCGAAAGCUUGAUUCCGCACCAUCAUAGUCAUAGUUCGAUUGAUUCCGGUACCGUUCCUAGUAAUAGUGAUGAUAGUAAUAAUGAGGGGGAGGUUUCAAUUCGGAUAAUAGGUGACGGAGAGCAAGAAGGGGAACAUGGUGGAGAAUCAGGGGUCAUAGGCGAAGAUAGUGGUGGGAGGGAGAUGGCUGAUUCUAGUGAUGUUGAUGGUAGGACUAGUGGUAAUGGGAGUAAUACAAACAGUGAUUCAUCAAAUCAACAGAGGUAUGAUUUGCAGCAAGUUUCAAGGUGGAUUGAGCAGAUUCUUCCGUUUUCCUUGCUGUUGAUUGUUGUGUUCAUUCGUCAACACUUGCAAGGUUUCUUUGUAACAAUCUAUGUAACUGCUUUCAUGUACAAAUCAAAUGAUAUUCUCCGAAAACAGACAGCUUUAAAGGGGGAGAGAAAAUUAUCUGUUCUUGUUGGCUAUAGUAUAAUUUUUAUGCUUCAUGUGAUUGGAGUAUACUGGUGGUAUCAGAACGAUGAUCUUAGUUACCCAUUGUUCAUGGUUCCUCCAAAAGCAAUACCACCAUUCUGGCACGCUAUAUUUAUAAUAAUCAUCAAUGAUACGAUGGUGCGUCAGGCAGCGAUGACUUUCAAGUUGGUACUGCUUAUGUACUAUAAGAAUGGCAGGGGCCAUAAUUUCCGUAGACAGGGUCAAAUGCUGACUCUGGUAGAGUACGCCCUGUUGUUAUACCGUGCAUUCUUGCCUGCUCCAGUUUGGUACCGAUUCUUUUUGAACAAAGAAUACGGGAGCCUGUUUUCUUCUUUGAUAACAGGGUUAUAUUUAACUUUCAAGCUUACAUCAGUGGUGGAGAAGGUUGGAUCCUUCUAUGCUGCAUUGAAGGCUUUAUCACGAAAAGAAAUGCAUUAUGGAUCAUAUGCAACAUCAGAACAGCAGGUAAGUGAGGCAGGAGACAUGUGUGCUAUUUGCCAGGAAAAGAUGCAAGCCCCAAUAUUGCUAUGUUGCAACCAUAUCUUCUGUGAAGACUGUGUUUCAGAAUGGUUUGAGAGGGAGCGAACAUGCCCGUUAUGCAGAGCUCUGGUAAGACCAGCCGAUAUACGAUCAUUUGGCGAUGGUUCAACCAGUCUUUUCUUUCGCUUGUUCUAAACUUCCUUCCUUCUUGAAAAUGCUACUGCUACACAUGGAGUUUCGUUCGUAUUAUUCGAUUAUAACGCUAAUAUUCUUUUCUCUUUUUCCAAGUUGUACAGCCGAGCUUUCCAUGUAUGUAUUCUCAUCCUAUAUUAUUAACAAUAUUAAUACGCAAGAGACGAAUACUUCCAUCUUUUUGGAUCUUUGAAA